GCGCCGUUCUACAUCCUCAUUGGUCCACGGACGUUCAGGUCGAGGCGUACGAUUGGACGAUUACUCUUUGGAACGGGUGGUGUCAGAAGAGGGUCACCGACAUGUUCCGCGAAGAAGAGAACGAGAUCGAGACCGGGGAGAGAGACCGCAGUCACCGUACCUCAGAGAGAUCCCUCGCUCGCUAUACAGAUGCAGACACAGGUCUGGGCACGGAUCUUAGCACAACUACACAGUCAGGUGACCUCCCACCUAAAGAGAGAGAGCGAGAACGGGGUCGUGCAAAAGACCGUCACCACCACCAUCAUCAUCACCACCACCACAGCUCAGUGGAUAAGGAGCGGUGCAGUCAUGAGCGUGACUUCCACCGCCAUCCACACGACAGAUCUGAUCGCCACUGGUCCCGCUCACCGAGUGAGGGGAGAGGGCAUAGACAGGGCAGUAGUUCUGUGAGUGGAAGCCCCGUUCCCUCGACGUCGGGGACCAGCACCCCCCGGCGUGGCCGUCGGCAGUUGCCCCAGAUACCGUCUACACCACGUCCUCAUGUCACCUACUCCCCUGCUGUCCGCAAGCCUCAAUACGGCUCCCCGGGCCAGGGUAAACUGCGUUCACCUUCCCCGCGACACUUCUCUCCAACAGGACACGAACCACCCUACCAUCGUUCACCCUCCCGCCACGCCUCGCCCCAUCACGGCUCACCCCGGCACGCCUCGCCACGCUCCCCCAGGCAGGCAUCACCCAGGUCCCCACGUCACAGUCGCUGGGGUCCGCCACCUGAUGGCCUGGAAGGCGACGGACCUUUCUACGAUCGGGACUAUGAAUAUGAGCGGCACCAUGAGCCACCUGCCUACGAGCAGAGUCUAUCACAGGGCAACCCCCACUCUCAUUCACACCCAAGGACUGCUCUUCACGGGCCUCCCUCACACCCACGCCGUAUGCCUAACGGCUACCGUUCCUCCUCGCCCUCCCCGCACCGGCGUGGCCCCCACCCAGGCCCACACCGGCCACCCCAUGGCCGUGGGCCCCGGAAGGGGUUGCACGAACAAUAUAGCGAGACGGACGAGGAUGAUUGGUGUUAGUGCGCAGGGUGACCAGGAGGGGGCGCCACUGGACUUAAACCAAGAUGUUUAUGUACUGCAGCAGUGAGAGAUGGGGGCAGAAGGGGAAAUACAAACAGGGCAACUGGGCCAUUGUGAGACUCUGAAAAUUGGAGCAGCACAUACAGCUCCCCAACUCCCUCUCUCUCAAGUACUUUCUCCUGCUCUCUGGACUACGUUUCCCAUGCUGCUCAACACGCAAGGGAAUGGGAGCGUAUGAGCGACAAAUGGAGUGGUUGCAUUUAGUUGGACUGUUUUUUCAAGAUCAGAGACGUUGUGUUUAAAUGCUCCACUCCAGACUGAGCAAGAACGAUUGCUUUUUGCGCGAUUAAAAAAAAAAAUGAGGAGCAACAUCCUCUGUCAAUCAAAAAAAAAAAAAGGAGUUUUGAAAAUGAAGCCAGAACCCAUAUUCCCCCUCACAUCUAUGCCUCUUAAAAAGACCCCCAAAAAAAUUAAAAGGAAAGGAAAGGAAAAAAUAGACAUUGUUGAAGAAAAGCAAGUGCUCUUGUGAACGAGAGCUCUACCUACUGCAAAACCAGCCCCAUGUGCUGGCCAAUAUUGAUGAGUUUUAUCAUCUGCGUUUACUGUUACCAACUCAAGAUGCUGAGUGACCUCAUCACCUGGGGGAGGGGUUUACUGUCAAAGAGGCGUGGCAUAUAAAAGGACACAGUACAGGGGUGAGGAAGCGGGUGGGUGUGGCACACUGAAAACCCACCCACAAACUGCCACUCGGUCCUGACAAGGAUAAGACAGCGGAAAAAGAAGGAAAUGGCAGAUGAGGGAGGGACGGAAGGACUAUUUCCUCUUCAGAAUGUCUUCAAUUGAUUAUUUCUUCUUUUCGAACAUUUGGAGCUUGGUUAUUCUGUUGCAUUUGCUCAGCUUUCUUUGAUAUUUUUGGACUUAAAUCUGAUGGAAACUUGCAUGAUUGAUUUAAAAUAUAUAUAUAUAAAUACAUAUAACAGACAGAAGAUUUACUGUGGGAAGGGGGGUGAUAGCUCUCUUUUUUCCGUUCAGUUGGAAGUUCUUUCUCUCAUUUUCUCCCUGUUGCUCUUGCCAUGUCUACAGAUCUUUAUGUGCAGAUGGAGUUUAUAGAAGGUGUUUUCAAUGUAAUAUCCAUCUGAGGAUCCCAGAUGAUGUUCUACACUGUUUAUUAUUACUUUGGAUUGCACUAAAAAUGAGCCUGAAUGGUGAAACCUCCCUCAUUACAGCUCUGUCAGCCAUGGCUGCGAACAGAGAGAGAAAAGGGGCGAGAGAUGUUCUCCUUUCCGAAGGCUUAAUUUGCUGUUGUCAAUAACAAUAGUUUCAGAAAUGCAAUUGAUGAAGAUGACGGUGAUGCUGAUGAAGAUAGAAGUGGUCAUGUGACUUUGUUGUCUUGUUUUCGAGAGUUUUGUCUGUUGUGGCCAUCUUGUUUCCAACUCUUUGUUUUUAUUUGCAUUCUAUUCACCACAGACUGGAGACUAUAAGGAUGCGCUCCUGGUAGCAUCCUGACGUUUACGUACUUGUGACCUCAGCUGAGUAGAAUAUUCCUAUCUGUAGUGAAUAGUUCGGGUCAGAGCUCAUGAAUGUUUCAAAAAAAGAGAGUUGGAGCAUUCAGGAUGCCCUCGGGCAGUUUCUGUGUCAGAGUUUUUCAGACAAAUUCAGGGUCCAUUCCAUAUUUAUUUCUCCACAGAAAAAGUUGGUCACACAAUGGUGUGGUCUGAAGAAACCCUUUUUAUUGAGGGUCAGUUUUAAACCCCUUGAAUUAUUUCACAGCUAAUGUAGAGUUAGUGCAAGUUAGUAUUUUGGGGGAUGAAUGUUGUUGUUUACUCUUUGUCCAUGUUGUGGUGCUGUUGCACAGCUUAAGCCAGGAUAGACUAUGGACAAACAAUCUCUUUUGAAAUACGGUUGCCAGAGAGGGCGCUUGCAGAACUGUCCCUCGCCAGGUGACAUGGCAAGUCUGUCGAAGCUUGACUCCUUCAUUUUUAUUUCGACAGGAGUUUUUGAGAAUUUUGACCUAGGUAGUCUUUGAUCAAGUAACUGGAAAAGAUUCUUCCACCCUGCCUUCCUGUUCCCUGCCAUGGGCAGCUACUUGUCUUUGGCUGCCUGCUCAAUCUGAGACCCUUCCCCACUUCUGCUCAGGAUACAAAAAUACAGCCAAACAUAUAUCUCACAGGCCUAUUCAGCCUCUCCUACUGUCACUGAACCCGUUCAGCUGACUCCCACCUACUGGACCAUCUCAAAACAUCAGAAAAGACCAAAUGUUUAUGAAAUAUCCCAUUACUCUCCAGAGGAGAAUUUUAUUGUGUGUAGGUUACUCUUUUAUAACUCAGGAGACUUGUGGAGCUCAGUAUCAACUCAAGUAUCAACAUUGUCUCGUGUUUCUCCUAAAUCCUUAGAAAAGAUCAAAAUAGACACAGAUGUGACAUAUGUUAAGAUGUUUUAUGAAUAUAUAGCUAUAAAAUUAACAUGGGUGGCAUGUCGUCUUUGGCUUUUGAUUGCAGACGUCAUGUUAGCAAAUCACUGAGCUUGAUUGAAACUCUAGAGGAGACACGUGUGAGAUCUUAAUCUCAGGAGAAAAAAACUCCAAAAGUCUCCCUUUUAUCUCUAGGAGAUUUUAAAGAGAUCUCAUUUAUAUUUAAGUUUAACUUUCAGUCAUUAUAUGACACCACAAGAAUUCGCUAGGCUUUCACUUUAAGCAGAUAAAAAUAUCUCAGAAUAACUCACUGCAUUCAUCUAGUUGUGAAGUCAGUUGGGCGGUUCUGUAUUUUCUUCUUUUCUUACCUUCCUUCUCUCUCCGAGUCAUAUGAAAUCCACACUACUUGUUUUCUUGAAACGGUUUGAAUAGUGUCAUUUCAUUUGAUCCCUUUUCCUCGCCAACCCAUAUCCAAGAUUUUUAGGGAGGAAACCACUGUUUUCUGGGUGUUUGUUGAUGUUCGGCCCACAUUUACCUACAGCUGGCCCCCAGUUAGCCCCUGGUUUGAUGCCCAUGGGUCUAGAUGAACCUGCAGAGCCACAGUGCCUUCUGUUCUAGUGUCGCACACUAACCCUACCCCUGCCUCUCUUCCCUCUGCCCUCUAUCUCUCUCUUAAUGUGAUGGACUCACACUACGCCUUAACAAGUCCCUAUGUCUGCGCUUCUGCUGGGCUUUUUAAAGACAGGGAGGCACGGUUAUAUGAUGGGGGAAGAUCCAAGUUACUCUGAGAGUAAUGAAGGGAGAUGGCAACCAAGUUCUGUCAGGGUGUCCUUCUCGGCUCUCUGUGUCUCUUAGCAAUGCUUCCUCAAGUGGAUGGCAGCCAUUUUUUGAUUUGUCUCACCCUGCUCGUUCAGAGAGAUGCAUCGAACACCGGAGGGAUUGUUCUACUUCUCAGGUCUUACGCAAAAGGACAGGAAGGCUUAUUUUUGUCAGGCAUGAAGGUUUGUUAGACCUAUUGCAUGGUUAAUAUAAUUCCCAUUUAGAAGUUCUCUUGGUCUUGCAUUCUUUUGCCGAAAACACUUGAAAUGCAGGAAAUUUGCUCCAUUUUAGCUCCAGAUGUUGGAUUAUUAAUACGGUUUGAUUUGUAUUAAUAAUAAAAAAGAGAUAACAGAAGGUUGUGGUUUUUAAAGGAACGGUUCACCCAGAAAAAGGAAAAUUCUGUCAUCAUUUACUCACAUCUCAUUCUAAACUAUUAUGAUAUACUCUUCUGUAGAAUAGAAAAGGAGAUAUGUUAAAGAAUUAUUCUAGUUGCUCUUUUCAGUGACGUUGAAAGGAAUAAGGAUUGAGGCUUUUAAGCUUUGAAAAGGACACAAAAGCACCAUAUAAAAUCUUGCUUUUAAAUAAAGAUUACAAGGACAUGAAUUUUUAACAAAAAAUGAGGUGCAUGGAUAAAUCAUUUAUAAUAAACAUUGCACUAGUAUGUGGCAUGGAUAAAUCAUUUAUAAUAAACAUUGCACUAUUCCAAAGUUUUAUUACAGAAUAAAUCAGCUUAUAUCUACAUCUUAGAUAUGAUAAAUGAAUAAAUGAGGGUGAAUAAAUGAAUAAAUCAAGAAUUUCCCGUGUUGGGUGCGCUGUCCCUUUAAGAGUUUACAAAUAUAAUUAAGCCUGGUGCGUCAUUCUUUGGCUCUGCUUGUUCAUCAGUUUAGUUCUGACCCUCUUUUGCUGUCAGUGUCAAUGCCUUUAUUGCUUUCUGUUUUUGACUCGCAUCUUCAUUUUCUGUCUUAACAGAAAGCCAUUUUCAGUUUGCAUCAUCGUAGAUACACAACACAAUUGUAUCUGAGCAUGUCGUUUGUUUCAUAUCGUCGUAGUGGAACAAAGCUGUAUUUUCUUUCUGUUUCAUAUGAAAUAAGGGCUUUCCUUCAAUGGUUGAGUGCUGCCAAAACAAGUCACCCUCUAUGUAGCUACACCACUUCCUGUGGUCUCCCUUUGUACAGAACAGAAUUACAUGUGUGUGCAUGCUAAUGUGUGGGGGAACUGGAGAAAAGGGACGGGGGGUGAUGGGUAAUGUAGUUUUUCCCUGUAUGUAUGAGAGUGAGAACUUGAGGCACAGCUGUGGCCAGCACAGGCAAUGUGCAUGCCAAAAAAAAAAAAACACACACACAAAAAAAAAUCUAAUUAUAUUGUGCACCUAUGGUAAUUUAGUGCUGGGUUUGCCAAUCCAUUUCUGCUCAGCAUUUACCACGGCAUACUCCAUUAUCAUCCUCAUCUGAUCCAAAUCCAAGAUCGGAUACGAGUCCAUCUCCACUUUUUCCAGAAGAUUGGAGGGUUGGGUUCAUCCAUGUGACAGUGGGACGGUCGUCUGUGAGUGUGUGUGUGCACGAGUGUCUGCGAGCUGAUUUGAAGGCAAGUCGUUUUAUAGUGCCUUAAAUGAACAGUUUCCCAUCGCUGUUACACGACCGUAGAUACGAAGCCAUGGCGAAAGCGAAGAGGGACAUCAUGUUUGUACCUCGACUGUCUAUCCAUGUCCAUUUAAGUUAUUUUGUUGGGCCUAUCAAUCUCUAUCUCUUCUGUAACUCCUGUAUAUCUCAUUCAUAAACUUCCUGUAACACUCUGUGCUUUCGUUCUCUUUCUUCAGCAUUGCCGUGAUCCUUUCUAUUUCAUUUCCUCCUCUUCUUUAUGCAUGUCAUGGUUUCUUCAUUCAAACGCAUUGCUAAUUCAAUAUUGGGCUUAUAUUGUUAAUUAAUACAGAAGAAAUAUCAUUUUCAUAUAUAUGUAAUAAUAGUAAUGCUCAUAGUAACAAUAAUUAAAAAAUAGUUAUUACAUAGUCAUAAUUAUAAUAACAUAACACAAUUAUUACACAAUUUGAGUUGUGAGCACAAUUAAAUUUCAUAAUUUACUGUCAUGCCAAUCCAAACCUGCAUGACUUUCUUUCUUCUGUGGAACACAAAAGAAGAUAUUUCAUAACAAUAUCAGUAUUUUUAGUGUGUACAAUGAUAGUCAGUGGGGUCCAAUGUUGCUGUUUCCUUCAAAAUAUCUUCUUUCCGCAAAUGGAAAGAAAGUCAUACGAUAUUAGGGUGAGUUGAUGACAGUUUUCGGUUUUAAGUGAAAGAUCCCUUUAAGUGGACCAAUGUCAGAAUAUAUACUUUGCUCUCAACUAAAAACAAAAAACCUUGUAGAAUUAAAAGAGAGAAACCAACAGAUUUAACUUAGAAGAGAUUUCACUUAAUGUUGCGGUUCUGGAUCACAAGACAGGAAGUGCGUUUUCAGCCCCGUCAGCAGGAGUGGGUUUCUUCACAGCACUGUUGAAGGGGAAAUAAGCGUGUGGUGUGAAUGUGUGAGUAUGUGGGGAGUUCCUGCGAGCGUGCAACCACUGUCACCGUGACACCCACAAACCCGUCCCAUCUCUACUUAAUCACCCAUAUCCCACCCGCCAUCCAUAUUACUAUUGACCUGAACCAUUUAAAAGCAAAAGAGGACGUUUAAAGAGAAAAAAAGACCAUGAUAAAGAGAGGUAUUUAAUUACUGAUUUGCAUGUGCAACGUGCAUGCCACUAUGUGGGUUAACAAGUCAACUUCAGGAAUUAUAAAAUAUAAAAAGAAAUAUAAAGAAAAAGAGUAUAUAUAUGUAUAAAUAUAUAAAUAUAGUUAGAUGUUUUUAUGAGCAAUGUGUUCCUUUUUUCUUCUAUUUUUAAAAAUGAAAACGACAAAAAAAGAGCACCAAGAGGGGAGAAAAUAAUAAUAAUACAGGAAACAUGAUAAAACUCAUAGAAUGUUUGUUUUUUUAAUGCCAACUGUUCUCUGAGAAUCUUGGGUAAGGUGAGCACACAACAUUUUGUGGAAAUGUAUUACAGAAUUUUGAAAAAAAAA